AAUCCCUUGGCCAGACAUUAUCUGGCUCCAAGCCUUUUCCCAUACAUUGCGAUUGGGUCGAUAAUGAAAGGCGAAUCAAGUGUAAUGACAUUAUCGAGUAGUAUGUACCGAUGAACCUCAAACAUAAAGAUUAGGUAACUACAGUUCAGAUGCCUAACAGUCUCUUGUCGACUUCAUUUGGAAAUGAACUAUUUUUUCCAAAUGUACUCCCAACUGUCUUUCUUUGUGUUCUUGAUGACCAGUCUGUGCCAUUGCGUUGUAAAUUUAGACAUAGCUGAUGAGUUGAACCUGAUCAAUGAUGUCAUCGAAAAGCGUUCAAUGUUCUCCAAAUGUGAUCCGCAAAUUGGAAGGAAUGUGUCCGUCAAUGUCAUCUUUUACCCUCAGUUUAUCGUUGGACUGGAUGAAAGGGAACAAGUUCUUACCUCAAGUGGGUGGAUCGACCUGUGGUGGACGGAUACGAGAUUAACGUGGAAUGCUAGCAAUUAUGGCGGAAUCGACAAAAUGUAUGUAAAGCAAAAUAUGAUAUGGAUUCCGGAUAUCAUUACCGAAAAUUCUGUCGCAGGUCUUAGUAUCUUGGGAUCUGGUCAGGAUUUUGUUCUGGUUCAUUCCAGCGGAGAAGUUGAGUGGUCACCAGGAAAUAUUUACAAAACUGUCUGUGAAAUUGAUGUUGUAACAUUUCCAUUUGAUUCUCAGGAAUGCUUUUUAAAUAUCACCUCAUGGAUGUAUUUCAAUGAUGUUGUAAGACUUGUGACCACAGAUGAUUCCAUUAAUAUGGAUUUUUUCAAGUCGAACUCUGAAUGGAUAUUGUCAAACAUAUCAAUCCUUGAAACAGAUUUUGUUUUCCAAAAUGUCGACGGUGCACAGGGGAGUAUAACCUUCGUUUUUAAGCUGAAACGUUAUAGUGCUUUCUAUGUCCUCAAAAUAAUCAUCCCGGCUAUCAUCUUAUCCAUUUUGAACAGUUUUGUGUUCAUCGUUCCACCUGAGUCUGGAGAGAAAGUAUCCAUGUCCGUGACCACCAUGCUAUCUCUGACAGUGUUCCUCAGUUACAUCGGUGACAUUACCCCCAACAACUCAGAGAGCAUCCCUAUCAUUGCUCUGUUUGUUGUCCUUCAUCUUGCCCUGGGAGCCUUAUCCAUCAUCUGCAACAUCCUCAUUUUGAACAUACAUUACAAAGCCAGGAAGGAAAAAGAAAUGGGUCAUUUAAGAAAGGAAACAAUAGUCAAAAGGACAAACAAAACUGAACCUGCCGAAAUGAAUAUGGACACAAUACCUGAGAAAGAGAUAAUUUCAGAGCGUACGGUGGGUCAGUGGGCCUUGAAAAUUAUGAGACACAUUGAUAUUUUUUUCUUUGGUUUCUUCAUAUUGCUGUCUGCAGGAGUGACGAUUGGCUGUGUAACUAUGAUGUUAAAUUAGUGUGCAAUGGGCCAUAAACAUUAUGAGACACAUUAAUACUUUUUUCUUUGGAUUUUUCAUGUUGGUAUCUGCAGGUGUGACGAUUGGCUGCUAAGCUAUAAUGUUGAAUUAAUGGUUCCAUGUGCCAUAAAAAUGAUGAGACAGUGAUAGUGUCUCUGGGCGUUUUUCACGUUGCUAUCUGCAAGUGUACAGUUGAUCAUUUAAAAUUUAGGCAAGCAAUUUCUUAAUAAUCACGGCAUGCAACUGUACAUGUAACACGUAGUGUAUCUACAUCUAAUGUCAGUAAUGACAUUUUGGCCUACUUACAUGUUGUGUAUAGUGUCAAAGAUUCGUUGCAAUUGAGAAUGAUAAAAUAUUCACAAUGAAGAUGUAUCCUUUUUCAGUUCACGCACUUGUUUUGAUGUAACAGGAGAAGCAGUAUUUCAGUUAUGUAAUAGAAACUAUCAGUAUGAUGUGGGAAUACUGUCCAAAAUGACUAUAAAGCUAGCUAUAUGGUUUGAGCGCUAACAUAUGUAAACACUAGGUACGUUGAUAAGCUGGUGGGUUAUUGGGUUUUAUGCAACGUAUGUUGAUUUAAGAAAUGGAAGAUGCCUAAAUAGGUGUCCAGUGUUAUGAGUGUAAUAUAUGAGUGAAUCCA